AUGCAUUGGUAUCUUUCUCUUGUGGCAGCCCUAGCGGGCUGCCUGGUCGAGCCCGUUGUCGGUGUUCCUCACCCAACUCAGCAGGGAACAUGCAAAAAGACCAAAGUUGCCAUCUUAGGUGGUGGCGUGGCUGGAAUUACUGCUGCUCAAGCAUUGACCAACGCGUCUGUACAUGAUUUCGCGAUCCUCGAAUACCGCGAUACCCUUGGAGGCCGAGCCUGGCAUAAGCCAUUUGGCAAGGAUAAAGAUGGGAAGCCAUAUGUUAUUGAAAUGGGUGCCAAUUGGGUUCAAGGUCUGGGAAAUCCAGGAGGAGCGCAAAAUCCGAUCUGGGUCUUGGCUCAGAAAUAUGGGCUAAAGACCCACUACUCGAACUACGAUAAUGUCUCCACUUACAAUAAAGAUGGCUACUCGGAUUAUAGCCAUUUGCUCGAUCUCUAUGAAGAUGCAUAUGAUAUCGCGAGUCAAAAUGCCGGCGAGAUUCUUACCCAGAACCUUCAGGACCAGAAUGCCAAAUCGGGUCUCGCUCUGGCAGGUUGGAAUCCCAAAUCAACUGAUAUGGAGGCACAAGCCGUUGACUGGUGGUCAUGGGACUUUGAGGAUGCUUACUCGCCCCUGGAGAGCUCUCUUGCUUUCGGAUGUGCAGGUGAUAACUUGACUUCCAACUACUUCAGUGAUCAUGACAACUUCGUGCUGGAUCAGCGCGGCUUUAACAUGAUCUUCAAGAAGAUGGCCUCGACUUUCUUGCGCAAGAAUGACCCGCGUCUUCACUUGAACACUCAAGUCACCAACAUCACCUAUUCAGAUGACGGUGUGACAGUCCACAACAAAGAUGGAAGUUGCGUGGAGGCAGACUACGCAAUUGUCACGUUCUCUUUGGGUGUUCUCCAGAACGAUGCUGUCAAUUUCUCUCCCAAACUCCCCGACUGGAAACAGGAGGCAAUUCAAAAGUUCACCAUGGGAACCUACACCAAGAUCUUCUUCCAGUUCAACGAGACCUUCUGGCCCUCGGAAACACAAUACCACCUCUACGCCGACCCAGUCACCCGUGGCUGGUACCCAAUCUGGCAAUCCCUCUCUACAACAGGGUUCCUCCCAGACUCCAACAUCAUCUUCGUAACCGUGACCAACGAGUUCGCCUACCGCGCCGAACGCCAAACCGACGAAGAAACCAAAAAAGAAGCCAUGGAAGUUCUGCGUAAGAUGUUCCCAGAGAAAGAUAUCCCAGAACCAACUGCCUUCAUGUAUCCACGCUGGACCCAAGAGCCCUGGGCCUACGGCAGCUACUCCAACUGGCCUCCCGCUACAUCUUUGGAGAUGCAUCAGAACCUCCGCGCUAAUGCCGGUCGGCUUUGGUUUGCUGGUGAGGCGACCAGCCCUACAUUCUUUGGCUUCUUGCACGGUGCGUACUUUGAAGGCCUGGAUGCUGGUCGGCAAAUCGCGGCUGUGAUGCAAAACCGAUGCGUCAAUGCCAAUUCCACCAAGUUGAGAGAGUGUGGGCCACGCAAGCAUUAUGAGACCUUGCAUGGCACCUCGCCAUACUCCGAUUAUACUAUGCUCAAUGGCUGGGCUGUGGACAGUUUCAUUGACACUAACACCGACUGA